GCAAGAAACAUUUUAAAAAAAUCUAAAUUAAAUUUUUAUUUUGUAAGUUGUAACCAAAGACCAAUGUGGGCAUUUAAAACAGUAAUCCCAUUUGAGACGGCUGUCAAGCUGCAUCCACAAUGCCGAAAAUGGCCUACAGUGUGCUGGUUAUUCUUGAAAAUCUAUGGAAUGUUUAAGUACGCGAUUUUGGAUCAAAAUCGUUUCUUUUGGAUUGAGCUAGGCUGUAUAAUUUCAUGCCUUUUGUUUAUCAAAUGGUGGCUCUGGCUAAGGAACACUAAACAGAGACUCGAACAGGCAGUAAUAGACGAAAGGAAGCUCAAUCAGCUACAUUUUGAGGAGAGUUUGGGUGAGCUUCUAUUGGCUGCAAAACUGAAUGCUGACAAACAGGAGGAGGAGCAAUCAGAUAAUUUAUCGAUGAUAGACACUGCAAGGGAUAGUAACUCGGACAUGUUAGUGGAUACAUCCACUCCACGCACCGAGACCGGCAAUGAGUCUCAGGCAAGUUCGUCAUCAAAUUGUCUAUGCCCUACCACCAGGUACAUCCAAACCAACAAGAAGAAGUCAGCCCCUAUUAAGCGCAAGCAUCCAGUGCCCGAAACAAUGGCUGUACCUAAAAAGUCCCCCAAGUGGAGACUUUAGACUUUGGCCUUUUUGUAGUUUUAGUCUCAGGGAGGGGAGCCAACAGAGUUCAAUAUUUUUUAUAUGUUCAUAAGUUUUUUAAAAUUUCCAGGUUAAUAUAGUUAAAUUGAAGUGACAGAGUAAAAAAAAUAAAUAAAAAAGAAAUUGAGCUACA